AUGCCCGCCCACCAUCUCGGUGCUCCACGGCAGCUUUAUCGGUAUUCUAAGUUGGCUUUCGGACUUUCUUCCCUGUCUGCUGCGCGUUAUGUCCAGCAAUUCCGUCCAUCUCCUGUUCUCCAGUCCUGUGUCGACUCCAAUGAUCCGAAAUAUCAAGAGUCUCUGCAUGCAAUGCGUCAUCUGGUUGUUGACCUGCGGGAAAAAGUCUCUCAAAUAUCGUUAGUUGAUUCCGGUGGCGCCAAUCUUCCUCGUCAAGAUGAAGUUUUUCCUGACCGCGAUCACUUUGGCCGAAUUUUUUACAAUCAAGCUACUAUGUCCAGCCAAGGCAUACCUCAGAUUGCUGUUGUUCUUGGUUCUUGUACUGCAGGAGGUGCUUACGUCCCGGCCAUGGCCGAUGAAAGCAUUAUCGUCCGGAACCAGGGCACCAUAUUUCUAGGUGGCCCUCCAUUAGUACGUGCUGCGACCGGUGAACGAGUUGUAGCCGAGGAUUUGGGAGGUGCUGAUCUUCACUGUCGCACGUCCGGAGUUACCGAUCACUAUGCGCUCGAUGAUGAGCACGCACUGCACAUCGCCCGCGAUGUUGUCGCUUGUCUCAAUCGCGUGAAACAAUAUCCCGCUUCAACGGUUGACCCCGAUCCGCCACUUUAUCCGGCCGAGCAAUUGUACGGUAUCGUAGGUACCAGUCUGCGUCGCACCUAUGAUAUUCGAGAAGUAAUCGCCCGCUUAGUCGACGGGAGUCGAUUCACUGAAUUUAAAGCCCUGUUCGGCGAGACCUUAGUUUGUGAUUUAUCGAUCCGCUGCUCUCCAGUCUGGACAAUAACUGAUCUGGCAUUAUCCGUUGACUCCCUCCUCAAUCUCAUUCGCAUUGUCAUCUUGUAUGUCGGCGUUUAUCCGACGUACAAGCUGGUACAAUACCUGCCACUGUCUAUCGCGUGGUGCUAUGUAGCUUCGAGUGCCACUACGGAAACCAUUCUACGUCACGCGGAAGCACCAAUGGCUACCGUCAAAUCGUCACACUCGCUGGUAAUUGCCAUAUCGAUCCGAAGUAUUCGAUCGCUUUACGUAUCUAGGAAUUUAGAUAUUCGAAUAUGCGGUCUUCACCCAUGCGUCCCACAAUUCUGGAGCUUAUAAAAGUAUAAUGGGUACAAUGAGGCAAUUUUUGCAUUUUACGUUAGACGUUUGUGGAGUAGAACUAGUGUCUAUUUUUUCCACUGUAGAGGGAAUUUCCAAUCAGCGAUUGAGCAAGUGAAGAGGUUGGGAAGUUAUGUAGGGUUGUUUGGUCCAUCAUAAUUGAGCAAGACUAAAGAGACUCGGUCGGGGUCUGGGGAGCAAGUUGGUCGAAUCAACUUGCUUUGGCGUAUUAUGCUACUGAAUUUAAACCCAUCGAUACGGAGUGUACCACUUUUUCCAUUCUCGACUGGCGACUUGUCUUUCUACGCACUUGCAUAAGCAGAGGCAACUUAAUCAUUAAAGAUUGAGCAUGGGAGUACGUGAUCGGUUAUGACUACUGCAUCAGAGUUAACAAUUGCAGGGACUAUCAUUAGUUUUCCUCUGCCGUUUUCAGGCCAGGGACUUUAGGCACCACUUGCCCCGUUAUCAUUCCCUAGUAUUACUGCUUUGGGUUUUGCACCACUUAUAGUGCUCCAUGACCACUAUUUUUGGGUAGAAUUUGUACUUUGAAAGGGUUACUCAAUUUCCAAAACUAAUUUUCUACUAUACUUUGCAGCUAUUUGAUAUAUUGUAGCAGUGAGUACAGCAAGCCGUGCCAGC